CUAUAUUAUUUAUCUAUGACCGUUGUGGUUGUCGUGUCAUGGUAUUCUUUGGUUUAUUAAUUAUGGAAUGGUUUAUAAUUAACGUUGUUAAUUAAAUGAUUGUAUUUAAUAGUACAUUAUUACAUAUUGGAAACAGUAAUUUAGUUUAAAUUCGAAAUGGAGUCGAGCGAAGAUUCUAUAAAAAGCGAACAAAAUGUUUUAAUAUGUAACAAACAUGGAGAUUCUCUAGAACAGCAACAUGUUAUUAAUUUACAAAUUAAAUCAGAACUGGAAGAAUGCACGUUUGAAAGGGAUUAUACUGACCAUUCUUCAGACUCGUAUUGUUCGGACGAUAUUAAAAUAGAGGAACAUAAGUUACAAUGUGAAAUAAGUAGCCCAUUCCCCCUCAUUAUGGAGCCAGAAGUUAAGACAGAAAUCAAAAAAGAACUGGAUGAACAUAAUUUAGGAGUAAGUCAUGGGUGUGAAACUCAAUAUAAAAGUAGGGAUACUAAAGAAUUAGACUUAGACAAAGAUGUAAAAUUACAGAUAGAAGCUUCAACUGAGACAGAUCAUGAAAAACAUUCUAGAAGUGUGAAAACAUCAAAAUUACUGUCAAACAUUGGUAAACAAAGUUUACGUCAGAACGAGAUUAAAACAAGAUACGAAGGAUCAUUGGCAACACACACUGAAAAAAAGCCUUAUAAGUGUAAAACCUGUUUUAAGCAAUUUAGUCAAGAGAGGAAUUUGAAAAUGCAUUUAAGGGUUCACACGGGAGAGAACCUUUACAAGUGUGAAAUUUGUUAUAAGCAAUUUAGUCAAGAGAGGGAUUUGAAAAUCCAUUUAAGGGUACAUACUGGAGAAAAGCCUUAUAAGUGCGAAAUUUGUUUUAAGCAAUUUAGUCAAAAGGGACAUUUGAAAAUUCAUUUAAGGACGCACACUGAAGAAAAGCCUUACGAGUGUGAAAUUUGUUCUAAGCAAUUUAGUCAAGCGGGAAAUUUGAAAAAGCAUUUGAGUAUACACACUGGUGCAAAGCCUUACAAAUGCGAAAUCUGUUGCAAGCAGUUUUCUCAGAAAUAUUAUUUAAAUGAUCAUUUAAAAUUGCACACUGGUGAAAAGCCUUAUAAGUGUGAAAUUUGUUUUAAGAAAUUUAGUGAAAAUGGCAGUUUGAAAAAGCAUUUAAGGAUACACACUGGUGAAAAGCCUUACAAAUGCGAAAUUUGUUCUAAGCAAUUUAGUCGAGAUGAGCAUUUGAAAAAGCAUUUAAGGAUACACACUGGUGAAAAGCCUUACAGAUGCGACAUUUGUUCUAAGCAAUUUAGUGAAGCAGGAAGUUUAAAAAGUCAUUUGAGAAUACACAUUGGAGAAAAACCUUAUAAGUGCCAAAUUUGUUCUAAACGAUUUAGUCAAACUUCACAUUUAAAAAGGCAUUUAAGAAUACACGAUGGAAAAAAGCCUUACAAAUGCCAAAUUUGUUCUCAACAAUUCAGUCAUGAUACAAGUUUGAAAAUGCAUUUAAGGAUACACACUGGAGAAAAGCCUUAUAAGUGUGAAAUUUGUUUCAAGCAAUUUAGUCAACAGGGGAAUUUGAAAAUCCAUUUAAGGGUACACACGAGAGAAAAGCCUUACACGUGCAAAAUUUGUUCUGAACAAUUCAGUCAUGAUACAAGUUUGAAAAUGCAUUUAAGGAUACACACUGGAGAAAAGCCUUAUAAGUGUGAAAUUUGUUUCAAGCAAUUUAGUCAACAGGGGAGUUUGAAAAUUCAUUUAAGGACGCACACUGAAGAAAAGCCUUACGAGUGUGGAAUUUGUUCUAAGCAUUUUAAACACGUUGGAAUUUUAAAAACGCAUUUAAGGCUACACACUGGAGAAAAGCCUUAUAGGUGUGAAAUUUGUUCUAAGCAAUUUAGUCUACAGGGACAUUUGAAAAGUCAUUUAAGGACGCACACUGAAGAAAAGCCUUACCAGUGUGAAAUUUGUUUCAAGCAAUUUAAACACUUAAAUUUAAAAACGCAUUUAAGACUACACACUGGAGAAAAGCCUUAUAAGUGUGAAAUUUGCUUCAAGCAAUUUAGGCAAGAGGGGAAUUUGAAAACCCAUUUAAGGACGCACACUGAAGAAAAGCCUUACCAGUGUGAAAUUUGUUCUAAGCAAUUUAAAAACGUUAGAAGUAUAAAAACUCAUUUAAUGCUACACACUGGAGAAAAGCCUUAUAAGUGUAAAAUAUGUUCUAAGCAAUUUAGUCUAGAGGGAAAUUUGAAAAUUCAUUUAAGGACGCACACUGGAGAAAAGCCUUAUAAGUGCGAAAUUUGUUUCAAGCAAUUUAGUCAAGAUGGCCAUUUAAAAAGCCAUUUAAGGAUACACACUGAAGAAAAGCCUUAUAAGUGUGAAAUUUGUUCUAAGCAAUUUAGUCAGGAUGACUAUUUGAAAAAGCAUUUAAGGAUACACACUGAAGAAAAGCCUUACGAGUGUGAAAUUUGUUCUAAGCAAUUUAAACACCUUAGAAAUUUAAAAACCCAUUUAAUGAUACACACUGGAGAAAAGCCUUAUAAGUGUAAAAUAUGUUCUAAGCAAUUUAGCAUAGAGGGAAAUUUGAAAAUUCAUUUAAGGACGCACACUGGAGAAAAGCCUUAUAAGUGCGAAAUUUGCUCCAAGCAAUUUAGUCAAGAUGGACAUUUAAAAACGCAUUUAAGGAUACACACUGGUGAAAAGCCUUACAGAUGCGAAAUUUGUUCUAAGCAAUUUAGUGAAAAUGGCCAUUUGAAAAGGCAUUUAAGGAUACACACUAGUGAAAAGCCUUAUCCGAAAUUUGUCCUAAGCAAUUUAGUGAAGCAGGAAGUUUAAA